CGGCUCAGUGUGGACUCGAAGCUUUCAUUCUUUGACGCCUGCUCUUCAUUUUCUCACUCUCGGCUUCGCUCUCAGAGUUGAAGGCCAACAGCAAUGUCAGCUCUUAGAGAUCUCAAUACCAUACCUGGAUCUGAGAGGAAGAAUGAAAGCUGUAGCAAAGGAGUCAUAACUAAACCCUUUGCUGGGAAUGCUACUGUAAAUCAUGAAGAGUGCCAGAAGAAAAUCUCUGUCUCUUUGGGUGCCCCUUCUACUAAUGGUGAGGAAGUUGUGAAUGCCGUUGAGGUUGCAAAUACAGAAGUAGAAUACAUCGACUCUGAGAAUUUGAAUGAUGUCGAAGAUGUUGAUUUGAGUCUCAAGACACUCUUAACUGGACUAGACUCUAAAGAUUGGGUUCUGCUUUGUGAAGCACUCAAUACUGUCCGCCGGUUGUCCAUUUUUCACAAGGAAACUAUGCUAGAGAAACUGGGAGAUGUGAUUCCGCUUGUAGUAAGGUCCCUGAAGAAUCCAAGAAGUGCUGUUUGCAAAACUGCGAUUAUGACAUCUGCAGAUAUCUUCAACGCAUACAAUGACAGUAUAGUUGAUUCCCUGGACCCUCUGCUACUACAACUUCUUCUCAAGUCUUCACAAGAUAAACGAUUUGUAUGUGAGGCAGCUGAAAGAGCUUUAGUAGCGAUGACCACAUGGGUUUCCCCCACAUUGUUGUUACCAAUGCUGCAACCAUAUCUCAAGCACAAAAAUCCUAGAAUUCGUGCGAAGGCAUCAAUGUGCUUUUGUCGAAGUGUUCCACGACUGGGUGUUGAAGGUACUAAAGCUUAUGGGAUUGACAAAUUAAUCCAAGUUGCUGCCUCCCAGCUUAGCGACCAGCUUCCUGAAUCAAGGGAGGCUGCUCGAAGCCUCCUCCUUGAGUUGCAGACUGUUUAUGAGAAAUUUCAGAAUCUCUCUCCAACAGCAGUAUCUGAGGAGGUGCAACCCGAGGUGGACUCUUGGGAGAACUUCUGCCAAUCGAAACUCUCCCCACUUAGCGCACAAGCUGUUCUUCGGGUGACCAAUAUCUCUCGGGAAGGUCUUGUUGUUGGCUCCUCUUAACACAUGUUCAUACAACACGGACAAGAUUUAGUACUACUAUCUCCAUUUCCAAACAGUUACGAGCUUAGCAAGCCUACAUCUGCCCUUGCUUGUUGCUUUGGUUUGAUAUCAUCAAUUUCAAUUUCUGUUUCUCUUUUCUUUCUUUCUUUCUUUUUCGCGUCUGUAUAUACUUUCAGGUGUUGAGAUUGAGAUGUUUAUAAUUGGUGAAAGUUAGUAAACAAGUCAUAGCCAUGCAUUCUUUUGACAUCGGUUGAAUGUCCAGUCUUGUAUCACGUUAUCUCCGGUUGAUAAAUUUUGGAUUACUUUUUGCCUGCUGAUC